UGACGUAAUUUUCUUUCCGGAAUGAACGAAAGAGCUCUGAUUGGUUGGUGGAGCUAAUGUUUGGUGACCGGGUGGAAACUCAGUGCCGGGCACCUCACAGUUCCGCGGAGUUCCGGGCCACGCCCACAUUACCCUUUCGUUAUAGAAAAGUUUUAACACAAAAAACGUAGAGAAAAAAGUGUAAUGAACUGCCAUGUACCCAUCACCCUGCUUCAACAAUUAUCAACAUUUUGCCGUUCUUGUUUCAUUUUCCCUCUUUUUUUUUUGUUGGAGUAUUUUAAAGCAAAUCAUCAUAAAGUUUUAGCUUUAAAUACUUCAGUCUAAACUCCUAACAAAUACACCCAACGAGAUUAACCAUAAUUCCUUAAUAGCGUCUCAUUGCUAGUCCAUAAUCAAAUUUCCCCUAAAUAAUGCCUUUUUACAGUCGGUGUGUUUCAAAUGAGAUUCAAACAGGCUCACAUAUUGCAUUCGGUUGGCGAUGCCCUUAGUUUCUUAACGCCGACUUUCCCUCCCCCACCCCUCCUUUUUUUGCCUGCUUCUCUCCAGAUUCGCCCCUAACUCUCAAGCGCGGAUUCCUGAGCCGCAGGCAGCACUCCCGCUUCCUCGCCGGGAGCUCUGGGCGGUGCUUUUCUCUGGGCCCGCCCCCUUCCGCCUCUGAGCCAAUCCGGACAGGUCUGCGAGUGGCAUGGCUGCCCCCAGGUCCUCCGACUGUGGGCGCCCAGCUAAUGCUGUGAGGUAUUUCUGGUGGUCUCCCAGUAUCCACGCCGGACAAUAAGUUUUUUAGGUCCGCAGUCCUGGUGUCUUGUCGGGCCGCAGGGCUCGGGCUCUGAGGAGAAUGGAUCCUUCUUUGGAUAUGUGGGACUUCUCAUCUUUAAUAUCGUUAUGGAUAAACAGGUUUUACAUAUAUUUGGGCUUUGCCUUUGGCUUUAGCCUUUGGAUUUGUUUCCAGAUUGUCAUCAGAAAGCAGAACAAAAACUCACAGGAGAAAACCGUUCCGAAAGCAUCUCAGGAUUUGAUGACAAAUGGCUAUAUCUCUCUUCAAAAGAAGGAAGUCUUUGUGUCUGGAGUGAAGAUUUUCUAUGGUUCUCAGACUGGCACAGCAAAGGGAUUUGCGACAGUUCUUGCCGAAGCAGUUAGCUCCCUUGGUCUGCCUGUGGCACUUAUUAAUCUGAAGGAAUAUGACCCAGAUGACCAUCUAGUAGAAGAGGUUACCAGUAAAAAUGUCUCUGCCUUCCUGGUUGCUACCUACACUGACGGUCGGCCGACUGAGAGCGCAGAGUGGUUCUGCAGGUGGCUAGAGGAAGCAGCCAAUGACUUUCGAUUUGGCAAAACGUACCUGAAGGGUGUGAGAUACGCAGUGUUUGGCCUGGGAAAUUCUGCAUACGUGAGCCACUUCAACAAGGUGGGGAAGGACGUGGACAAGUGGCUCUGGAUGCUCGGCGCCCAUCGCGUGAUGUCCCGAGGGGAGGGUGACUGCAACGUGGUUAAAAGCAAACACGGCAGCAUUGAGGCCGACUUCACAGCGUGGAAGGCUAGGUUCAUCUCCCGGCUACAGGCGCUCUGUAAAGGAGAGAGAAAACCCUGUGGUGGCAACUGCAAGAAAGGCAAGUGCGAGUCUAAUCAGCACGGCUCAGAGGCAAUGGAGCCAGGGUCUCACGCUCAAGAGGGAUUCCAUCAGAGAGACACUGAGCAGGAAGAGCCCUUUGGGAGCACCAGUGAGGAAGAGUCUGGUACUGAGGACCAUCAGAGUCUAAAAUCUGUCAUUGAUGUUGAAGACCUCGGCAAGAUUAUGGAUCGUAUGAAGAAAGAAAAGAGAGAAAAGGAGCGGCAGGAAGGGGAAACUAGUUUGAUCAGGAGCACAGUGAAGAAUGAAGCCAGUGAAAGAAGAGCUAUGAUAACUCCUGCUCUCCGAGAAGCCCUUACUAAACAAGGUUAUCAGUUGAUUGGGAGCCACUCUGGGGUGAAGCUUUGCAGGUGGACAAAGUCCAUGCUCCGAGGGAGAGGAGGUUGCUAUAAACAUACGUUCUAUGGCAUUGAAAGCCAUCGUUGCAUGGAAACUACCCCGAGCUUGGCGUGUGCAAAUAAAUGUGUCUUCUGUUGGCGGCACCACACCAAUCCAGUGGGUACUGAAUGGCGGUGGAAGAUGGACCAGCCUGAAAUGAUCUUAAAGGAAGCCAUUGAAAACCAUCAGAACGUGAUGAAGCAGUUUAGAGGAGUGCCAGGUGUCAGAGAGGAACGCUUUGAGGAAGGAAUGACAGUAAAGCACUGUGCAUUAUCCCUUGUGGGAGAACCCAUCAUGUACCCAGAAAUCAACAGGUUUUUGAAGCUACUCCACGAGCGAAAAAUCUCCAGUUUCCUGGUCACAAAUGCACAGUUCCCUGCGGAAAUCAGGAACCUCAAACCAGUUACCCAGCUAUACGUCAGUGUGGACGCCAGCACCAAAGAGAGCCUGAAGAAAAUUGACCGCCCGCUCUUCAAGGAUUUCUGGCAAAGAUUCCUCGACAGUUUAAAAGCCUUGGCUGCAAAGCAACAACGUACUGUCUAUAGGCUGACUCUGGUGAAAGCAUGGAACGUGGAUGAACUCCAGGCCUAUGCCAAGCUGGUGUCCCUGGGGAACCCUGACUUCAUCGAGGUGAAGGGUGUUACCUACUGUGGAGAGAGUUCGGCAAGCAGUCUUACCAUGGCCAACGUGCCCUGGCACGAAGAAGUGGUGCGCUUUGUCUGUGAGUUGGUGGAUCUGAUCCCCGACUAUGAAAUUGCUUGUGAACACGAACAUUCCAACUGCCUCCUGAUAGCUCACAAGAAGUUUAAGAUUGGCAGAGAAUGGUGGACGUGGAUUGAUUACAGCCGCUUCCAGGAGCUCAUCCAGGAAUAUGAAGACAGUGGUGGAUCCAGAACUUUCAGUGCCAAGGAUUACAUGGCCAGAACUCCUCACUGGGCGUUAUUUGGUGCCAGCGAAAGAGGCUUUGAUCCCAAGGACACAAGAUAUCAGAGAAAGAACAAAUCAAAGGAUAUAUCUGGAUGUUGAGAUUAUCUGAAUUUAGGAUACCGAAGGACACAAACUGAUUGCCCCAGAAGGUUCUCAGACUCCACUGUGAUUUUUCCAAGGACAAAUUAUAUUUCACAUAGAGAAGGGUGUAAGGGGACGCAAGUCACAUCCUUAGGCUCAGGAGACAGCAGCCACGCUUUGAGUGCCUGGGACUCAGCCUCACUGUCUCUUUCCAGAACUCAGUCCCUUUUCUGAGUUUACUUCUGAAAGAAAAUCAUUUUGAGGGGGAAGUACACAACCUUUAUUAGUUUUGAAUUAUAAUUAGGAAGACUGCCUAGAAUGCCAACCAUGGGAGUGUCGUGCAGAGUGAAUUUCUGUUCCUUUUCCCCUGUCAUGGGCUGUUGGCCUUUGUCAGUUGUACUACCCUGAGGUCAGUGUAUCUGCUUCCUCUGAGAUCUUCAUCCCUUUCUUACAUCUUAAGAUAACACUUCCUGAAAGUAAUUUGUCAUAAUUCUCAGUUUUUUUAUUUUUUCUCAAUUAUUUUAAAUACUACAUAGAUUUCUUUAAAUAUUCAUUUAGUACCAACUCUUUAGAAACUGAUUUGGAUCUAAAACUGUACUAGAUCUCAUUCCAUUCCCAUGCAGAUUGCCAUAGAAAGUAGUAUGUGAGCUGGAUUAGAGCAAAAUCUCUCUUCUGUAAGAGGAACUGUCAUAUGAUGUCACUGAAUAAUUAGUCUCACAAAUUAGUCUCACAAAUUAGUGAAACAAUGCAUACAAUUUGGUUUUGGUUUGAAAAGUAAGUGUUUAAGCCUCUCAUCACUACACAUAUAGCAGGUUUCCAUCUUCUUUCACUCUUGUAGCCCUAGCUACUUUCUGCAAUCUGUUCUUUAAGUUUCAAGUUCUUUCCUAGUUGAAAACAUCACUAAAUACUCAGUAGUUUUUAAGAAGUAUUAUAGUUAUUUAAAAAAUGCCUUUAUCCUAAAAUUUUAGUAAAAUAUCUUUUGUGAAGACUUGGACCACACAUUUUCUUUUGAGCGCUUAUUUUAAAGAUGCUUCUAGUCCCGUGGUUCUAAGCCCUGUCAGACCCAUCUCCUCCUCAUAUUCCUCCUCUAUUCUCUGCUGAAGUAAAGUUCAUAAUAAUAUAAUCUACUUACUCAUUUAGUUGAAAACUGGGCACUCUAUUUAUUUCUAAGUGAUAGAGUCUCUCUCUGCCAUAGGAUGAAAUCAGAUGUUCUUGAAGUCACCACAUCUUCAAGCAUGCGUUCAGUCUCCUGUUGACCCCUGAGACAGACAAGAGAUGGGAGUGGUCCAGGCCAGUGAGGCAGGAGCUCACUGAAGCUCAGAUGUGUUAAUGGUCGUUGAGUAGAGAUGGAAAAUCUCUAUUCAAACCUUAAAUGAGAGCAGAGUAUUAAAAAGCAAGAGCUCAUGCUAAGGAGCGCACAGAUGGGCUCCUGUUUGUGACAGCUAACUGGGCACACAGCUGUAGGAAGACCCCUCUGGGGCUGCCGUAAGGAGCAGGGCAGGCGGCAGUGCAUGCUGGGCUUUGGACCGUCCCUCAACCUCUUUUUCAACCGGGCACCGCUGCCUUUAUUUUUUUAUGCAUUGAGGUUCUGCUCAAGAUUUAAUUUGAACGAAGAUAUUCUGUUGCUUCAAAGAAAAAAAAACAAAAGCAAACCUCUCACCACCAGAAUGAGCCCUCCUGACUCCAUUAACUCUAGGCACAUAAAUGAGCAGUUUUUCCUCCCUCUGCCACCCAGGAAGUGUUUGCUUUAUAUUAAAAAAAAAAAUAACAUGGUAUAUUAAUCUCAGUUCACAGUCACAGCAGAAAAUUUUAAAUGCCUAGGGGAAAAAAAUACAGUGGAAUCUGGAUGAAAAAAAUUAAAUGUUUGCUGAGCAGUAUUAAAGUAGAAGAGAUGGGGAAGCUUGAAUAUUCUUAGAAGGUGAGCUAUUUGAAAAAUAGCAUUCUAGAUGUCCAGUGGAAGUUAUUGUUGGAGUUUGAGCAAGCGAUUCUAAAAUUCUGCCGAAAAGCUAGCCAGGUAAGAAUAGUUACAAGAUUCUAGAAAAAUAAUUAUUCAAGGAAAAUUGCUUUACAAGAUAUUAAAGAAUGUUGUCUAAAAUAAUUCAAACAACAU